GCCUAUAAAUAUGGAAAACAUAUUCCCGUAAAAUGCACAACUUCUCUACUUCUCAGAAAUAAAAACAUUUUUUUCUUAAUUUAUGGCAUCUUCUUCCAAUUCUUCCAAUUAUCAUUACCACCACAAAGAUGAUGAAUCAAUUUUCGAUUCUAUGUUUGAAGAUUUCUUAGAACUUCCAGAAAUCAUUCCAGAACCGAAAGAGCGAAAAAAACGUAUCUUUAUUGAGAGAAACCGAGAAGAAGGUCACAAUAAUCUUUGGAAUGAUUAUUUUAGCGAGACUCCCACUUACCCGCACCACAUGUUCCGGAGGCGGUUUCGAAUGAACCAGACAUUGUUCUUGCGAAUAGUUCAUAGUCUCUCCCAAGAAUUUGAGUACUUUCAACAAACACAAGAUGCUGCUGGACGGUCUAGCCUAUCUCCACUUCAAAAGUGUACCGCAGCUAUUCGUCAAAUGGCGUAUGGUGUUGGGGCUGACAUCGUUGACGAAUAUGUCAGACUAGCUGAAACAACUGCAAGAAAUUGUUUGUUCCAAUUUACCGCCGGAAUUAUCCACUUGUUUGGCGGUCAAUACCUAAGAGAUCCUACGCCCGAGGAUCUGGAAAAAUUACUAUAUAUUGGAGAACAACGUGGUUUUCCAGGUAUGAUUGGAAGCAUCGACUGUAUGCAUUGGGAGUGGAAGAAUUGUCCGGCCGCUUGGAAAGGAAUGUAUUCACGAGGACACGAAAAACCAACAAUUGUGUUGGAGGCGGUAGCUUCUCAAGACCUCUGGAUAUGGCACGCUUUUUUUGGAGCUCCAGGUACUUUGAACGAUCUUAAUAUUCUUGAUCGAUCACCUGUUUUUGAUGAAAUAAUUAACGGAAACGCUCCCGAAGUCAAUUUCCAUGUCAACGGAAGGGAAUACGGUUUGGCUUACUAUCUUGCCGAUGGUAUUUAUCCGAAAUGGGCUACUUUUAUUCAAUCUAUCCGACUCCCACAAGGACAAAAACAGUCUUUAUUUGCCACAACGCAAGAAUCCGUGCGAAAGGAUGUUGAGCGUGCCUUCGGAGUCCUCCAAGCUAGAUUUGCGAUUGUUAGAAAUCCAUCUAAAUUAUGGGAUAAAAACAAAAUAGGAAAUAUUAUGAAAGCAUGUAUCAUACUUCAUAAUAUGAUUGUUGAAGAUGAACGAGGUUCCUACCUUCACGCUACAGAAUUUCAACAACAAGAAGAUGUCGAUCCCACUUUUGUAGUCAAACGGACUACAAACCUCCGUACUACACUAGGUCGUCGAGCAGAAGUUCGAGAUACUCCAGGCCAUUAUCAAUUAAAAGAAGAUUUGGUUGAACAUAUAUGGGCUAAGUUUGGAGAUAUACCGAAUCACAACAAUAAUUAAGUUUAUUUGAAUUUCAAUAUAAUGUUUGUUUUUUUUAUCUUGUAUUUUUUUUUUUUUCAACUUUGUAACUUCUCAUGUUUUUCUCUAUGUUUUCUAUUUUUUUAAUUAAAAUAAUUAAUUUAAUUUUCUAAGGACUUUACAAAGUCCUACCAAUAAUCAAAUAUUUUCAAAAUGUCCUUAAUAUUUGUCUCACACCAAAAAUAACAUUAAACUACUCUAAGGACAAAUAUUUAGUAGUACCGUUAAUG